CUCAAAACCAUUCACUACAAUCAACUUCCAUCAUUCCACGGGCUUCCAAACGAAGAUCCACUCUAUUUUAUCCGUGAGUUCUAUAAUGUUUUACAAACUUUCCCACCCCAUGGGCUCAACGAAGACCAAUUGAAGAUGAGGUGUUUUCCCGAAACACUUAAAGACCGGGCUAAGGCUUGGUUUAUGACGCUUGCUCCCGACUCCCUCACUACUUGGGAGAAAGUGUAUUCGAAAUUCAUCGGGAGAUACUAUUCUCAUCAAAAGACACAAGAGCUCCGAUCUCAAAUUGUCUCUUUCGCCCAACAACCAAACGAGCCACUACAUGAGGCGUGGGAACGCUUCAAAGAUCUUCAACGGCAAUGCCCACACCACAAUUUUCCACCCGCUUUGUUGAUGAAUAGCUUCUAUGACUCUCUCCAUCAAAACUUUCAAUACAUGGUGGAUAAUGCGGCCGGUGGCGACAUAGGAGCAAAAACGGCUGAAGAAAUGAUGGAGAUUUUUGAGACGAUGAGUACAAACUCGUCUCAAAAGAGUAGCCGAGGAAAGAAGGCAAUGGUUCACGAGAUAGCACCCGGGCAAGAUAUGAUAGCUCAUCAAAUCGCCGAGCUUACGGAACAAAUGAGGCUACUUAAUGCAAGAAGUUUCCAAUCGGUACAAGCCAUGACGAUCGAAUCAUGCGGAACAUGUGGAGUACAUGGGCACCGUUCAGAAGUGUGCCCAUCCGCUUUCGACCAAGACUUCGGAGAGCCACAUAUUGAUGCCAAUGCUCUCCAAGGCUACCAAAACCAACCUGCAACGAGCACCAUGCACCAUGACUUACCCAAAAAGGAACGUGAUCCCGGGGGUUUCGUGAUUAAAAUAGCCCUCGGGAAUGAAAAAGAAGCUUCGGGAAUGCUCGACCUAGGAGCCGAAAUCAACCUUAUGCCGUUCUCAAUAUUCCAACGGCUCGGUCUCGGAGACUUAAGACCAACCCGUAUGUGCCUCCAACUCGCCGACCGUUCAAUACGAUAUCCAAAAGGAGUGGUGGAAGACGUGCUAGUUCAUGUGGGUAAGCUUAUUGUCCCCGUGGAUUUCGUUAUUCUUGACGUGGGCGAAGUGCAUGAGAAUGGGAAGGAUCACACCAUCCUUCUCGGGAUACCAUUCAUGGCCACCACUAACACGCUUAUUGACGUAAAGAACGGGAUGCUAAAUAUGACGGUGUUGGGCGAGUCCGUAUCUAUUUCAGUCCGAGAGGCCACAUCUGCAUCCUCGGUGAAUUUUGUGGAGGAAUGCGCAUUUGUUGAUAUAACUGACCCGUUCGUCGAAGAGAUAGCCCAACAAGAAUGGAAAGCAAGGUACAUACCCGAUUUUGAAGAUAACAAAGAACCAACC